CGAGCUUCUCUCAAACGGCCAGAGAGAGGUAUGGCAAGUGAACGUCGUCGAUGCGAGUUUUCCGUUGUGUUAUGUUACGUGAAAAUGGGUACUUUUAUGUUAUUGAUAAGCGUUUGUUUUAGUGUGGUGUUUUGUGAUGAUCUAACGACCUCUGAUCAUGGAUUACCCAAAUCGCCGAGGAUGAGCAAUUUUAAAACUGAAUGCGGUGUAGGCCAACUGCGUUGCGACUACAGCCUCUAUUGCUACCCCUCGGAUCAGAAGUGUGACGGUAAUAUAGAUUGCCCGGAUGCUUCCGACGAAAAGCAUUGCACGUGUGGCGACAGACUGAAGAGACAGUUUCCCAACAGAAGAUGCGACGCUUAUCCAGACUGUCCUGAUUGGUCUGACGAACUAGGAUGUUCUCCUUGUGAACCAGGAGAAAUGAAAUGUUUCUUAGUUGGGAAAAAAGACAACCAUCACUGUGUACCAGCCGCAAGUAUAUGCGACGGCAUCAAGCAAUGUGCAGAGGGAGAAGAUGAAGCUCUAUGUAUACGGUUCACCGAGAAUCAGACUGAUACUACGCCCUUUCUGGGGAUACGACGUGAAGGAUACCUCCAGGUGAAGAGGCAAGGAAGCUGGUGGCCAGCCUGUGCACAGAGAUUUGAAGAUUACACAGAUUUAGUAAGAGAAUACUGUGACGAAAUAGUAGGAGAAAGGGAUGACGAAGACCUUUAUAAUUUAGUGGUUUUCAAAGGCUCCUCCAAACUUUAUGCAGAGAUUUCACCCAAGAACGGCAAAGUUAGUUUGAAAGAUGGUUGCUUCCAGGAGCUAAGCUUGCAUGUAUCUUGUGCAGAGCCAAAAUGUGUUAGCACAUACCAAGGAGCCAGGCCCAGGAGGAAUGCAGGCAUGUUUGGAGAUUUUAACAUUUUCAACAGCACUGACUACUCGAACAUUCUGUCUCGUCAGCAUCGAGAUCACAGUGCUGGUGGCAAGGUUGUUGGUGGCCAGAAUUCCUUGCCCGAGGUUUGGCCUUUCCUGGUGGGCAUUGUGAAGGAGGUCCAAGGCUUCCUGUGUGGUGGUUCAAUCAUAAAUUCAGAGUGGAUUCUCUCGGCUGGUCAUUGUUUUGUAUCGUACCAAAACAGAUUACAUGAGAUUCAGGCAGGUAUGCUUCGUCAGAAUUCUUUUUCGCCAUAUACCCAAACAGUAAGGAUUUCGCAUGUUGUUAGACAUGAAGACUAUGACAUUGUACAUUUAAACAAUGACCUCUCUCUUCUCAAGCUGGAGCAACCAUUGCAACUGAAUAGAUGGGUCCGACCAGUGUGUCUUGCAAAGAACUUCACAAUGGAAGGUAAACAAUGCACUGUAGCAGGGUGGGGUGCCACCAGGGAAGGUGGACCUCUAGCUGAUGAGCUUCAGGAGGUUGUUUUGCCAACUAUGGGAACCUGCAGAACCUUUUACUCUCAUGUCCGUGACAAUGAAGUGGUGUGUGCUGGGUAUCCAGAAGGCAAGAGAGAUUCUUGUCAAGGAGAUAGUGGUGGUCCCAUGAUGUGUAGAGAAGGAGAGAUAUGGGUCCAAGCUGGAGCAGUUUCAUUUGGUUCUGGUUGUGCACGACCCAACUCACCCGGUGUUUAUAGCAGAAUGACAUUUUACAGAGAUUGGAUCUUUAACACAAUUGAGAAAAUGCAGAACGCUGCUAACCUUCCACCCACCAACAAAGGACCUCGUAGAUCUUGCAAAGGAGCAGAAUGUAGGCAUUCAUUAGGAACAUGCUUAACUCUGGAUAGGGUGUGUGAUGGUAAGGUGGACUGCUUGCAAGCCCAAGAUGAAGUUGGAUGUCAUGACAGUUUAACUUUGACAAAUACCAAAAGUUCUACACCUGCCACAUCUUCUAGUACUACUGCUGCUGCUAGUACUACUACUACUACUACCACUACUACUGCUAGUACUACUACUACUACUACUACUACUACUACUACUAGUACUACUACUACUGCUAAUCGGACCACUGCUACUGCUAAUCGGACCACUACUACUGCUACAAGCACCACUACUCCGCAUUCUACCAAUUCUACUGCUUCUACUAAUACUAGUAAUUCUACUAGUACCACUAAAACUACUAGUAGUACAACCACUACCACCAACACAACACCCAGAACUACUAGAAUCACUGGCUCAGCUGGUUUACUUUUUCCUACUAAGCCUUCAACAUCCACAGUGUCUAGUACCCCUGCAGAUGAUGAACCUGUUACACCUUUACUUAAAAAUCGAGACAAUGGUGGAUACAAUAAUAGCUACAGCAUCCUUCUCAACUAUAAGCCCAAAGGAAUUGAUUGCCCCAGAGAUGACUUUGUUUGUUCGAUUGUGCCGCAAUGUAUAUCUUGGGAUUCUGUUUGUGAUGGAGUGAAAAACUGCACUGAUGGCACGGAUGAAAUAGGAUGCACAUGCUUAGAUAGGCUGCUGAAAUUUAGGAGUGACUUUAACUGUGAUGGAUAUUAUGAUUGCUUCGACCUAAGUGAUGAAUUUUGCAAUCACUGUGGAGACCAGUUCUUGUCUCCCCAGAGUCGGAUGUGUGUGCCUAAGAGUGCAGUUUGCGAUGCUGAGAAAGACAGCAUCUACGGGGAGGAUGAAAUACAUUGUUUGGGCCUGUUAAGUAAACCUGGCAAAUUGGUGUUUAACAAGUUUGGUAACCUGGAAUCCAAUCCAGGUGGUUACUUGGUUUUACGCACUGGACUAGAUUGGGAAGUAGUGUGUGCUGAUGAUAUCAAGAAAGAGAUUGGAGGUGAAAUUUGUGCUUAUUUAGGAUACAGUCAACUUGUUAAUGUGACAUACAAGACAUUGCCUACAGUGGUUGAAAGAAUAUAUCCAGAUGCUAAUAAUCCUUUCAAGGAUAAAACAAAACCCUCUGGAUCCAGGAACUUCAAUUUCAAUAGGAGCAUAGAUGAAUUCUUGCCUCAAAGAGGAACAUUACAAAGGACAAAGACUGCAAGUGGUAAAAUUAGUAAGAGAAGUCCAUAUAUUGAAGCCACAAAAAGUAGACAUGAUCCACUUAAUUUUAUGAGAGAACUGAGACGUUCAGUAAGGAGGAGGAGAGCUAAGAGAGAAACUUGCAAACAGGCAUACCUGCAAUGCAGUGAGGAGUCAUGCGGAAAGGCACCUUUAUAUUUUUAUGAAAGCAUUACUCCUGUAUGGAUGCCUGGUGGAACCCCGUGGGCUGGUAGUGUUUAUGUUGAUGGACAAUAUCGCUGUGGAUCAACCCUAGUCCGUCCUGAUUGGGUCAUAACUUCUCUUUUCUGCAUGUUUGGUGCGGACCUGGCAGUUAACAUUGUGACUGUAGUGAUGGGUUCUUGGCGUAGUAUUGGAACUCCAACUCGCCUUUGGGGUGCACACGAGUAUGAAAGGCAGGUUGCAUUUAUGGAAAACGUAAGGGGAACAGACAUUCUGGUAAUGCAUCUUAAGGAAAGGAUGCCCAGAACACCAUAUAUAAAUCAUCUCUGCCUUCCUAUAAGUGACAUAAAAGCUGAUGAGAAGGUAACUUGUGUGAUUGCUGGGCCCUCAGAAAAGCACUCUCGAAUAAAUUUAGGCAUACAUUUUUAUUUAUCUUCAGACUGUUCAAGCAAUGAACUUUGCCCAAAAUACCUCAAUGAAUCAGAUAUACCAUGUAUGCGUUCAUGGUCAGGAGUGAUUGCUUGUCAGAACCCCACAGAGCGUAAUAAUCCUACGUGGUUUGCCUUAGGAAUUUGGGCAUACAAUCCACCAGGAGAAGAUUGCUCUCUUCCUGAACGACAUACUUUGUUGACAAAAUCCCUUCUCAAGACAAUUGUGGGGAUAUUUGAAAAAUUUACUCUUCAGUCUGUGGCAAGGUGUAGUGGCGACUUAUGUUCAACGGGAGUUUGUUUAACCCAGUCUGACGUCUGUGAUGGAACAUUGUCUUGUCCUGAUAUGAAAGAUGAACCACCAACAUGUCCAGAUCUUAUAAAGAAGUGUGAAUUUGAUGAGGAAUUUGGCAGUUGCACAUGUCCAAAUAACUGGAUCCAGUGUGGUGAUGGGUCUUGCAUCCCCAUAAACAAAGUGUGUGAUGGAGUGUCGCAUUGUCCAAAUGGUGCAGAUGAAGAAAACUUGUGCACUUGUGGAGUGAGGUUGUUGGCAAAAGAUCCAGGGAGAGUUUGUGAUGGAGUUCUGGACUGCGCAGAUGAAAGUGAUGAAGAUGUGUGUGGAUGCGAAACCCCACCAUACGGAUUUAGAUGUUACUUGUCUGAACACCAGAAAUGUUUACAAAAGUCUCAGCUGUGUGAUGGAGUGAGAGACUGUGAUGAAGGGGAGGACGAAAAAAGCUGCAUUGCAUUGGCACCUAAUGUCAUUGUCAGAGAGGAUGUCUUCAAACAACCCCUUCGAUUUCCUGAGGGAUACUUAACCAUUCGCCUUAAAGGAAGAUGGUAUACUUUUCUGUAUCAGAGGUGGGAUAAGUAUUUGUCCCAUUUAGUUUGCCUCGAACUUGGCUAUGCCAGAGCAGCUACAACUUAUGAGAGAAUGUUCAACACAGCCAGGAUGGUCAAGCCUUCUCGUUCAGUGAGCUAUAAUGAAACCUACUUCAGUACACUACUUGCAAGUGAUACAUUAAGUAAAACUUCUAGUUUUGGUGUAAAUCAAGCAAUUGUUUAUAUUGUGUGCUCAGUGAGAGAGGUUGCAGGUAAUAGUUGAUGUUUAAAGUUAAUGUCAACUAAAUGGUACAAAUGUCAAAAUAAAAUAAAAAAUUUGUAAUGUUUAAUUUUAUUAGUAGGAUUUUAUUUUAUUUGCUGAUGUUUUAUGCAUAAAUUAAAUUUAUUUUGUAUA